UGCGCUGCUGGAAACAUCAAAGCGCAGGCGUAGACUCUGGAGGUAUGAUUACUGUACAUGGCCAUCGAUGCCGCUGGAUAAACCAAACCAGCGAUGUAAAUAACAGCGACGGAGGUGGUGGAUCUAACAUGCCUAAUUCUAUCACAGCUUGACAUGAGAAAAUAAUACAUGGCAUCUGGGUUUAUCCCCUUGGCAAAACCACCGCGGCCGUCCUUUUAUGCGCGUCUCCGAAUUUGGCUUUGACAGCUCACCGGAUGGUUUUCUUAAUUUGACGCACGAACCUAAUCACACGACGGGCGGUUUUAUCUAAUAACCCACUUGGGAAAAACGGGUCAUUAUGACCUUAGUAUCCUCAUCUAAAAGAAAACCAUUGGAUUGUUUUUCCGCAGCAGCGUUCUGCUUGCAUUUCUUGCUGUGGAUUGUAUGCGCUGUGUCCGGAGAAGAGCAUCAUCAGUUCAGCGUUGAGGGAUGGCUACAAAAAUACGGCUACCUGCCCCACACAGACCCCAGAAUGGCUGUCCUGCGCUCAGCCCAGACCAUGCAGCAAGCCAUAGCAGCAAUGCAGCGUGUCUACGGCCUCAAUGUCACAGGGACACUGGAUGAGAGGACCACAUAUGAUAUCACACUAAGUUGGAUGAAGAGGCCGAGGUGUGGAAAUCCAGACAAACUAAAGGGCAUUUCAAGGUCGCGGAAGCGGAGGUACGCACUGACGGGGCAGAAGUGGCAGCGAACACACAUCACUUACAGCAUAAAGAACGUCACGCCCAAAGUGGGCUCCAGGGAGACCCACGAUGCCAUCCGGCGUGCGUUUGACGUGUGGCAGGGGGUGACGCCGCUUCACUUUGAGGCCGUCCCUUACAGCGCCCUGGAGAGUGGCAGGCGUGAUGUGGACAUCACCAUCAUCUUUGCCUCAGGUUUCCAUGGCGACAGCUCACCCUUCGACGGUGAGGGCGGGUUCCUAGCUCACGCCUACUUUCCGGGCCCUGGGAUCGGAGGGGACACCCACUUCGACUCAGACGAACCCUGGACCCUGGGGAACCCCAACCACGAUGGUAAUGACCUGUUCCUGGUGGCAGUCCAUGAGCUGGGCCACGCCCUGGGUCUGGAACACUCCAAUGACCCCACAGCCAUCAUGGCUCCAUUCUACCAGUACAUGGACACAGAGAACUUCAAACUUCCUCACGACGACCUUCAGGGCAUCCAGAAAAUCUAUGGUACUGUACCAACAGGUCCACCAGACAGGGCUCUCCAGCCCACCAGGGCCCCACCCACGGCCCCUCCCCCACGCUUCCACUCCCCUUCGGAACCCCGCAAGCACGACCGCCAGGUACGGCCCCACCGCCCUCCUCAGGGCGCCAAACCCUCCAACCCCUACGCCACGCCCAACAUCUGCGACGGAGGCUUCAACACCCUGGCCAUCCUCAGACAGGAGCUGUUCGUAUUCAAGGACCAGUGGUUCUGGAGGGUGAGGGACAACUCAGUGGUCCCUGGCUACCCCAUGCAGAUCAACUACUUCUGGAAAGGCCUGCCUGCCAAGAUCGACGCCGUCUAUGAAAACAGCGAAGGGAAGUUUGUCUUCUUCAAAGGGAACCGCUUCUGGGUGGUCAAGGACACUACUCUGCAGCCCACCUACCCUCAGGAUAUCUCUCUGUUUGGGAGCGGGAUGCCCACCCAGAGUAUAGAGACCGCCGUGUGGUGGGAGGACGUGGCCAAGACAUACUUCUUCAAGGGAGACAGAUACUGGAGGUACAACGAAGAUAUGAGGAACAUGGACCCUGGUUACCCAAAACCCAUCACUGUUUGGAAGGGCAUCCCUGACUCCCCUCAGGGGGCUUUUGUGGACAAGGCCAACGGAUUCACCUACUUCUACAAGGGGAAGGAGUACUGGAAGUUCAACAACCAGCGGUUGCGUGUGGAGCCGGGCUACCCCCGCUCCAUCCUGAGGGACUUCAUGGGCUGCGACGGCCCGCCGGCCGACCCCGACUGGGACUGGAGCCCCCCGGAGGUGGAGGAGCGCCACUCCGACAGCAGCAACGGUGACGUGGACGUCGUCAUCAAGCUGGACAGCACAGGGGGCACAGAGAAUGCCGUGGCUAUCGCCAUCCCCUGCGUCCUGGCGCUGUGCAUGAUGGUCCUGCUCUACACCGUGUUCCAGUUCAGGAGGAAGAGCACGCAGAGACACAUACUGUACUGCAAGCGCUCCAUGCAGGAGUGGGUCUGAGCUAAACCUGAGAGGGGACUGGAACUGUAGGGGAGGUGUAUGGAACUUCCACUAGGGACUGUGGGAAGAGCUAUCAAACUCCUAUUGCUCUCUAGUUGUUAAACUAACUCCCUCUGUGGAUGGACAGUAUAUGCAGUACAGUAGAGGAGUCCUCCUAACAUGUUCCAAACUGUGCUUUGCCCUCUUUGUGACAUGCAAGGUGGAGAAAAGGGAGACGUCUUCAUUCAAGACUAUGAUGGACUGUGGCUGCCAAUUCCAACGAAGAUGUGUCUGAUUUAACUCUUGACUAUCAUUGGGUGCACUCAGUAGUUAUUGGAGAAAAAGGAAAGCUGUGUGGGACCCAUGUCUUUCUCUGUCUCUGCACGCCCCUAACAAGCCCUUACUAUCUACCGUACAGUGGACCAUUUAGUAAUAGGCUACUACUUUUUAUUUUCAUGUCCUAGUAAAGUUCAAGUUGCCCAGACUGUGCUUUUUGAUUUAAUUCUCUUUCAAAUAUUAGUACUUGUGAGGUGGACUGUCUGACCCAAACCAAAUAUGACCUUUGACCUAUCUUCCCUUCCUAGUGAGGAUUACGACUCCGAGAUUCUUUGUUGGGAUGUUUAAUUCUAAUCUAUGGAUCUAACAUCAUCAUGACAUGACAUCACGCUUACGUUUUCUUUGGCCAUGUCUUUUCCAUAUCUGUCCAUGGCCAUCCGUCUGGUCUGGUGUGCUCUCUGUCUGUCUGUGAUCUACAGGAAGCAGCAGCAGCUAGGAACAGAGCUGAGAACCGAAUAAGACUGUUGUGGCAGCCUGUCUCUAACACAGGGGGCCAAAACCAUCUCUGCAAUAUUUUGGAGACUGCCUUAAUCAUAGCUUACUUUUGUUAUGUUUCUUUCUGUGUGUGUGUGUGUGUGUGUGAGAGUGUGUUUGCGUGACUCUGUCUGUGUGGGUGGGUGUGUGUGUGUGUGUGUGUGCACGUGUGCGUUAACAUAUCUACUGUAUGUAGGCUCCACAAAUCUGUAUGAAAAUAGUGGUAGUGGGGUUUACUGUGUCCAUUUCUUAACAUCUUUUGACAUGUUGUUCUUCUGACUGGCAGUGACAGCAGUUGGUUUUUCAUGUAUUCUUUUACAUGGUGUGAUAAAAAAAAAGUUAAAGUAAAAGUGGCAAAAUCCUGGCUGUGAUCUGAAGACAUAUACAGUAGGUACAGUCAAUGUGAAUAAAAUAUACAGUAGGUCCCAAGAAACAUGUUACAGUAUAUUGUCUCUGAAUUGCCCAUGGUUGCCCUCCAUGAUAUUAAAAUCAAUGUGGUUGUGUGAUGUCACGUUCCUCUCGACGUGUGUGAGAUGACUCAGUAUGUGAGAUUCCCGGUGAACGUGAAGAAACGUAUUUUAACAUUUUUAGGGAUAUGAGUUGUUCACAUUUGUGGUACUUCUUUUUUUGUUUUUACUUAAAAAUAUUUGAUAGAAUCAGGAUAAUGAACUCCAUAUCAACAGCUAUAUCAAUACCAUACAGUGCCUUGUGAAAAGUCUACACACCCUUGUAAAAGUUUAAGAUUUCGUGUUAAAAAGAGAUUAAAUUGGGAUUUUUUUUGUGUACACAAUCUACUCCACAGUGAAAUAACAUGGCAAAGAAAUAAACUUUUUGUCCUCAAUGAAAAAAAGAAGGUUCGGGGCAAACCCAACACAACACAUCACAGAGUGAAAAAGUGUUUUUCCAAGUAUUGUGGGGGCAAUAUCAUGUUUUGGGUAUGCAUGUCAUCGGCAAGAACUGGGGAGUUGGUCCAGAUCCCCAAAAAUAUGAAAGGAACAAAGCCAAUGUAAAAAUGUUGAGGGAAACCUGCCUCAGUCCUCUGAAGACCUAACACUGCAAUAUAAUUGUAUUUUUCAGUGGGACAAAUAAACACAUUUUAAGGCGAAAUACACUCCAGAAUGGCUUUCGAAGACGUGUUUAGUAUUCCGUAGUGGUCCAGUCUCAGUCCUAACUUAAAUUUCCUUGAAAAACAGAGACACGGUUUGAAUAUUUCUACUAAUCAAUCAUUUCGAACGAAAUUCACUGAGUUUGAGCAAUUUUGACUAAAACAAUGGAUAUACAGAACAUUAAGGACACCUGCUCUCUCCAUGACAUAGACUGACCAGGUGAAUCCAAG